GCCAAUCCCCGCGGGCCACAGCGAGCUUGCCCGCCCGGCCCCUUUCAGUCACCAAUCUAGGCGGCUCCCUCACGAUCGUAUAGCCAGCCAAUCAGAAGCAGGUCAGCAUCCCGCCUUCGCCGUCGUUCGCUGGGGCAAGCAUCGGUCGGAAUAUUGGGGAACGAUCCGCCCCGCCGAUCCUUGGCAGCAAGAGGUGGUUUAAAAGAGGUGGCGGGAAGCCACUGUUUGAUCGAACUUAUCACCCUCAUGGUCGCUUCGAUUUUUCACAAUCAAAAUUAACAUAGCAGAAUAAGCCAAGAUGUCUGUUGAUCCAAUGACCUACGAGGCUCAGUUCUUUGGCUUCACACCACAAACGUGCAUGCUUAGGAUCUACAUUGCAUUUCAAGACUACCUAUUUGAAGUGAUGCAGGCUGUUGAACAGGUUAUUCUGAAGAAGCUGGAUGGCAUCCCAAACUGUGAGAUUAGCCCAGUCCAGAUUCGUAAAUGCACAGAGAAGUUUCUUUGCUUCAUGAAAGGACGCUUUGAUAACCUUUUUGUCAAAAUGGAGCAGCUGUUUUUACAGUGGAUUUUGCGUAUUCCACCAAAUAUCUUGCUUCCCGAAGAUAAAUCUCAGGAGAGUCAUUCUUACAGUGAAGAAGAAUUCCAGCUUCUCCAAAAAGAAAUUGAACAGUUACAGGAGAAGUAUAAAACUGAAUUGUGCACUAAGCAGGCCCUUCUUGCAGAAUUAGAAGAGCAAAAAAUUGUUCAGGCCAAACUUAGGCAGACAUUGGCUUUGUUUGAUGAGCUUGAAAAUGUUGGCAGAAAUCAUGGGACUAGUGAUUUUAGGGACAGUUUGGUGUUCCUGGUCCAGAACUCCAGAAAACUCCAGAAUAUUAGAGACAAUGUGGAAAAGGAGAGCAAAAGACUGAAAAUAUCUUAAUUUCUAAAUAGUAAAAGGAGCCAGUCAAAUGUAGAAUGAUAAAGGAUUUAUAUCAAUGACUAUUCUUAUUUUAGUGAACUGUAUAUUUUGUUGGAUUUUCUUUGUUUACUCUUGCUUAUAUUACACGUUUUCCUCUUUUUUGGUCCAUUCUCCUGAAGAAUCUACAAACAAACCUUUGAAGCAUUUAUUUCUUACAGUCCUCUAAUAGGUAGGAAGGGAUUCUUGAUCCAUUAAAGACUUACUUGGGGCAUGAUGAAGAAAUAAAGCUUUCUAUGGCCAAAGAUAUUUGUAAAAGUUGUACCUUGGUCAUGAGUCUUUUUUAACCUUGAUCCUUUUUACUUAUGCUUUAGAUGAGACCAAAUGACAAAAAGACUGAGUGAGUGGCUCCUUUAUUAAUCAACUACUACACUGGGGGACAGCCAAAAUAGAAUGUUUGCUUUUGCCCUAUAAUUUUUCUUAUAGGGGGAAGUUGAUAACUAGUUGAAAGAAGCAAGUAGCAGAGAAAACAACCAUGAUUUUUAAAAAAAGAAGAAAGAAGUUUCUUCUUUUCAAAAUAAAUCCUUUCUAUGACCAAGGCCUUGAUGAUGUAAAACAAUUUACUAUAUUGGAGCCCAGCAGUGGAAGACCUUGGACAAAAAAAAGGCAGAUCUCACUGGAAUAGAAAAGGAAGCCUGGAACAUACCCAAUAGCGAAGCUUAUAUUAACUGACUGUUAGGUAUUUAUGCCAUUUUUUUUCAUACUCCAGAUAGCUUUGGGAUUUUCCUUGCACCUAACAUUUAAUUAACUUAUGUAUUCACACUGAUAAGCAUUCAAUAUUAUGUACCUUCCGUGGGAAAUUUUAGCUGUGUCUUUUGCUUAAAUUCAAUGGAGUGUGAUAUUUCCUUUUGAAAUUAAUCCAUGUAACAUGUUAAGUCACCCAAAGAAAGGGAAGAUUUGGGAAGAGUUACUCUCAGGGUAUUGCUUGCCCUCCAAAUAACAGGAUUUGGAGUUUUUCCUUUAUGUAGAAGAGUAACAUAGGGUAUUAA